AUGGUGGUACACUCGGCUCUACCCCAGGAGCUCAUCGACGCCAUUAUCGAUAACAUCUUCGACAAGCCCACGCUCCGCGCGUGCACGCUUGUUUGUCGCUCCUGGCUCUUCGCCAGCCGACACAAUCUGUACACCAAACUCGUUCUCCGCGGCGAAGACCUCGACGACUUCCUUCACCAUCUCGACAAUGACGUUUUUCGCCCCAGCCUUCGCCGCUUAGACCUCUUCUUCUGUGAAAACGGGCCUACGCAGAGGCUUUUCCGGCACUUGCCCGACUUUCCGCGGCUCACGGAAUUACGCAUCGACUCGACCAUGUACUACUUCGAUUUCCCUCCACUUCCGAACCUCAAACGUCUGGAGCUGUCCCGAGUAAACUUUGGGAGCUUCUCGCACUUCACCGUGAUGCUUGCCUCUCUUCCAAAACUCAAGCAUCUAGCACUGGAGUCGAUAGAAUGGGCAGCAGCGCGGGGCUGGGCGGCGGUGGAGGACGCAGACGACGAUGUCCCGCGUCCCAGGCUCCAGCUGGACACGUUGAACCUCAACAUCACGGCACGCCCCAUCAGCGAAGUGUAUUUCUUCGACUGGCUGAACGACAAGACGACGGCGCCGCAGACCGCCCAUCUCAUACUCAAUCUCUCUGUCGCAAGAAUCUCAUUCGCCACAUCCCAACCGAUCCUGUUAAAUGGUUACUUCCACAAUUGCGGGGCGGGUAUCACCAGUCUAUCGCUUUGCUUCGAUGUCCUCUUCCAAACCCUAACCGGACAUGCAUUCGACCUCAGCCUUAUGCCCAAUCUUGAAACCCUCCACAUAACUUUCGACGGCGACCGCUUCGUGAGCUCCUGGAAAGCCUUCCUCCGUGUUAUCCUCCCCACCCUCCUCGAGCAACUCCCCACAAACUCCCCCCUCGCACACCUAUCCCUUGGCCUGCUCACUCACCACAGCCUCUUUGUCCAACUUCCGCCGCCAGACCUGCAGCGCUUCGCUGCAUGCCUGGACUCUGCACAACUUGGCCGGCUGCGGAUGCUCCAAUUCACGGUACUGUGCGGGGGGCAUCACGCAGACCAACACGGGCAGCCGGCCGCGAACCACUACGACCCGGCGGAGGGCUGGGACGCGGCAUUAAUGGAGCGCGAGGAGAUGUGUCCCGCAGAGAGGGUGUUCCGGCGGCAGAUUCUGCAGCACCUCCGGAUGACAGGCUCAGCGAAGGUGCGCUGCGUCAUGCGGCUACAGCCAGACACAUCACCCUAG